GGGUCCCUCCCCCGCCGCGCUCCCGCCCUCUGCCCGCCCCGCGCCUGCGCGCGGUGCCCGGCGGCGAUGGCGGCGCCGUGAGUGCGGGAGUGGUGCUCUGCGGCGGGCCCUGUCGAGGGGAGGGAACGGGAGUGAUGUGGGCAUCACCCAUUCUACGUAAAGAACAAGAAAUAAAGAAUUUGAUAAAGGGAAGAAACAAAACAUCUGAUUAAUGGAAGCCAUGAAGAUAUCGAAGCGGUUCUUCGCUUUUGGGAUUUUGGCAUGCAUAGCUAUUUAUGUCGUGUACAUAAAAUGGCACCUGGACUCCAAACCAGUCGUGGGAGCAACAGAAGGAGCUGCUGAAAGCAGGGUAGACAAACUGAACCAUCAGGCACUGACCACGGAUCUCUCCAUCUUUUAUGGAAUUAUGUUUGAUGCAGGAAGCACAGGAACUCGCAUCCAUAUUUUUAAAUUUACACAGCAGCCAAAAGGAACUCCCAAACUGACCCAUGAGACGUUUAAAGCACUGAAGCCGGGUCUAUCCGCAUAUGCCGAUGAUGUUGAAAAGAGUGGCCAGGGAAUAAAAGAGCUCCUGGAGGUGGCGAAGACAGAAGUUCCUGUGGACCUGUGGAAAUUUACUCCCCUGGUCCUGAAAGCCACAGCUGGCCUACGGUUGCUGCCAGGCGAAAAAGCUCAAAAGUUGCUGGAUAAGGUAAAGGAGAUUUUUCAGGCCUCCCCCUUCUUUGUGAGGGACAACUGUGUGUCGAUAAUGAACGGAACUGAUGAAGGUAUUUCAGCCUGGAUCACAAUAAACUUUUUAACAGGUAGCCUAGAUGAUCCGCAGAAGAGAAGUGUAGGGAUGCUGGAUUUGGGUGGUGGAUCAACACAGAUCACCUUCCUUCCACGUGCCGAGGCAACUCUCCAGACAUCACCAGCUGGUCAUACCACUUCAUUUCAGAUGUUUAACAACACCUACAAGCUGUAUUCGUACAGUUACCUGGGACUCGGGUUGAUGUCAGCAAGGCUCGCCAUUUUAGGAGGAGUUGAGGGAAAACCCUUAGAAGAAGGGGAGGAAUUGAUCAGUCCUUGUUUACCACCUGGCUUCAAAUCCGAAUGGCAACAUGCUGAGAUAGUGUACAAAAUUAAAGGACAGAAGGCAGGUGAGCCUCUGUAUGAAUCUUGUUCAAACAAAGUGGCAAAGAUGCUCUACAAAAAAGUACACAAGGCUGAGGAAGUGAAGGAUUUGGAUUUUUAUGCCUUCUCCUACUACUAUGACUGUGCGGCAGAGGUUGGUCUCAUCGAUAAAGAAAAAGGAGGUAGCUUAACUGUUGGUGACUUUGAAAUUGCAGCUAAAUAUGUUUGUAAGACCAUGGAAAUCAGCCCUGGAAGCAGCCCUUUUCUCUGCAUGGACCUCACAUACAUCACCUUCCUCCUGCAAGAACUGGGCUUCCCAAAGAACCAAGUCUUUAAGCUUGCCAGGAAAAUUGACAAUGUUGAAACAAGCUGGGCAUUGGGAGCCACUUUUCAUUACAUCGAUUCACUCAAUAGACUGCAGUACUAGAGCUCCUUGAAGGUGACUUUUGGGAAUCUCAGUUUUUGGAAGCUUGACACAGGAGAAUCUGUUGAAAAGCCUACUUUUGGCUUCCAGAGUCCUUUGGGGAGGUCUCUGCCCCUUCCCUCCCACCCCGUCCCAAGUCCCUUCCAUCACUUGCUCUUUGUCACAGAGUGCAAUGUCUAAAGAAUGAACCUUGACUUGACAGCACCUGCAGUCACCUUCUUGUAAAACUUGAUCACCAUUGAAGGAAACCCAAGACUCUGCAGGACAUCUACGAUCUCUAUGAGAAAAAUGCACCUUUUCGGAAUAUGCCUGGACUAUUUGCUUGUAGUACUGUGCUGAAGAGAACAGUCACUCCAGAAGGAACUCUUCACCGUCCUGAUUUCAGGGUGUUUUUUCCUCUUGAUCAGCAGUUUUCAGUGAUGAUUUUUGUUUCAUUACUUCUGUGUUUGAAGGUGAACUUGUGUGUGCGUGGACGAAGUGCAUUUAUCUGGACGUACUGCUGACAGGCAGCAGCUUUGAAAUGCCAAGUGGGAGUCUCAGCUCUGCUUUCCACUUGUAAAGCUCAGGAGCACUCUAGAACAUGGAUAUGGACUUAGAGGCAGGAAUCUGAGCCUGUAUGCCCUGUAGGGUUAAAGCCUACAGCCUGAAGUUUGUUCCUUGGCUGUUGAGAGAUGGAUGGUGGAAAACAACAUAGGAUUUGCUGGAUGUAGACAGGCAAGGCCUAGGAAUUGGGUACUGAGCUAAUGAUGGAUUUAACAGGUCUAGAGUUGGUCCGGGUAAGAUCCAUGAACAAGACGUAGCCACAAAAAUAAACCUGAGCAGAGCUUGUUGGACCUUACAGAUAUUUGUGCCUUGGCAAGGUGGAUGCCAAGCCCGCGAUGAAUGCAUUUACGUGAUAUUCUGGGUGCUGCUUCCUGUGAACACCUCACAAUGAUAAAUGAAUGUAUUGUGGUUGCACUGAGCCGUGGCAGGGUAGCUGCAAUGCGUCACUCCAACAGUGUCUGUGUGCAGGCUGGAAGUGAUCUGCAAGGCAGCAGGAGCUGGAGAAGGCAUGCUGUGCUGUUUGUAAUCUAACUGUGGAAUUGUGUUGUAUUUGUAUGGAUGUUUAGAGCAGACUGGAGCGAUCUUCUGGGGAUGCAAAAGAGCCCAGCCUGCAGGAGAGCUAGCCACAGCCUCAUGGCCACAGCCUCGUCCUUUCCCUGGGAUGGCGAGAUGUGGUACCGUGGCCUGAAAUGCUGUGUGAUCGCUGGCUCUGCAGUGAGCGUGGAGGGGACACAGGAACCACGCUGUACUGACAAUAAAUCCCAAUUCCAAAUGAACACAC